AUUCAAGGUGUCUUUUAACUUACUCCCUCAGUUUUUAGAAAGAACUAAUAGUAAUGAGUGUAGGAAAUAGGGUGCUGGUCCCUUAAACAUGCUAUAAAAGCGGCGGGACGUAGACUGUAAGGCACAAGCGGUAAUAUCCUUCCGCGAGCUCGCAGAAUGGAGUCCUGGUCCUUUUAGACCGGCUGCCAAGGGGUGGGGUGUAGAGCGGAAGUUAUGGCAGGGCCGAAGUCUGGCUGAUGAAGGGCGGAAGUAGAGUUCCAACUCUGCAAUCAUGGCUCAAGAAAUGGAAGAUGUUAGAGAUUACAAUUUGACGGAGGAACAGAAGGCGAUCAAGGACAAGUAUCCUCCAGUCAAUCGAAAGUAUGAAUAUUUGGAUCAUACAGCUGAUGUCCAGCUGCACGCGUGGGGAGACACUCUGGAGGAGGCGUUCGAGCAGUGCGCCAUGGCCAUGUUUGGCUACAUGACAGACACGGGGACCGUGGAGCCCCUGCAGACAGUGGAGGUGGAGGCCCAAGGAGAUGACUUGCAGUCCCUGCUGUUUCACUUUCUGGACGAGUGGCUGUACAAGUUCAGUGCUGAUGAGUACUUCAUACCCCGAGAAGUGAAAGUACUUAAUAUUGAUCAAAAAAAUUUCAAGUUACGAUCCAUUGGGUGGGGAGAAGAGUUCUCACUGUCCAAGCACCCUCAGGGAACAGAAGUCAAAGCAAUAACGUACUCAGCAAUGCAAGUCUAUAAUGAAGAGAAGCCAGAAGUGUUUGUCAUCAUCGACAUUUAAAAUACCAAAAAAAGGAAAAGACUCUUCUGAAGAACUGAUUUAUUUUCUUCCUUUUGAGAGGAUGUGAUGAUUCAUUUUUUAUAGUAUCUUUGCUAAAUGGAAAUACUGAACUGGGAAUUUAAAUUGUGACUUUGGGAAAUGGAAAAGCAGUGUGCAGCUGUGGUCUGGGAUUCCUAGAGAAUGAAUUCUUCCAUUUUUGAGGAGCAGCAGGUGCUUGGUCAUUUGAGCAGUAGCAGCAGGUGCCUUCCACCCUUCUACUGGGAUACAAGUGCUCCUGUGAGGUCUCAGAAGGGACUGCCCGCCCGGGCUGAGUCCAUCUUAAAUCAGUAUCAUCUGAGCUGGGAACGAGAGAUAUAAUCACAGGGAUUAUGCCUGUGAUCUCAACACUCAAGAUCCUGAAUUCAAGGCCAGCUUUGGCUAUAGAAUGAGUUCAGAGCUAGCCUGGGCAACUGAACAUGGCCCUGUCUCGAAAAAGACAAGUGUAGAGCAGAGACCAUGCACACCGUGCAGGCUGAGGGCAUGGUUUUCUUACCUUGCUAAGGGGUAGAGCCAUCCCCUGUUCCAGUUGGUUCUGAGUAGAACCCUCCAGAAGACUUCUUAGAAGACUCCUGCUUUUCUCUCCUCUUUUUAAGCAACAGUGUUACUUAAUAUUUUCUUAGAAGAAAUAUCUGACAUUGUACCUUACAUACAGACCUUUCUGACAUGUGAUUUUAUUUUGUUUAUUUUUUUGGCUUUUCAAGAUGAGGUUUCUCUGAAUAACAGAGUCCUGGCUCUCCUGGACUCGAUUUGUAGACCAGGCUGGCCUUGAACUCACAAAGAUCUGCCUGUCUCUGUCUCCUGGGUGCUGGGAUUAAAAACAUGUGCCUGCUGAAA